AUGAAAUUACAAGCUGAUGCAGCUAAUGUGCUCGCGAGAGCGUCUGCUUACUUACAAUCAGGUGUCUUAAAGAAUAAACCAAUAUGGUACGAUGUAGUAGCUAGAAAUCCACCAACUCAUAAUCUUAUAAAAAAUUCAUAUAUUUAUCAACAAGAAUCAAAAGAUCCAAGAAAUGAAUUAAUAAAGCCAAAACAGAAAUCAUUAAAUAAAAAUCAAAUAUUCAAAACACGUCCACAUAAAGAAGAAUCAGCAAACAAAAAUAAUCAAAUACAUAAAAUACCAAAAUUAACUUUUUUACAAGAUGAAAUUCGUAAUUAUUUUUAUUUACAACAUCCAUGGGAAUUAUCAAGACCUAAAAAUUUAAUAGAAAAUAAUGGUGAUGAAAUUUUGAAUAAAUGUGAUUGGAGUAAUAUGUUACAAUUAUAUAAACCAUUAGAUGGAGAAUCAGUAGUUCAAAGAACAACAUAUAUUUUAGAAAAUGAUCCAGAUGUGAAAAAUAUAUUUGAAGCUUAUGAUUUAGCAAGAUUUGAAUUUUAUAAAUUAAGAAUGGAAGAAGAAAUGGAAUCUCAUAUAGCAAAAGAAGAAAGUAUAAUGUAUGGAGCAGUAUUUGAAUCCACGAAUAUAGAUUGGAAUUUAGAAAUUGAACAAAAAUAUAUUGAUGAUUGGGUUUCAUUAGCUUCUGAACAAACUAAAGUAUUAGAAGCUAAUUCAAAUAAAUCUUUUGCUCCUGUUGGUUCAAUGGUUGAUGAAGAGAAAAAUAAAACAAGUUUAUUUGAAAGUUUAAUUAAAAUGAAUAAUAAUGAUAUUGAAGAUGAUUUAGGGAGUGGUGUUGAAUCAAAAAAAGGAGGAUUUAAGGAUUUGUAA